UCUCAUUGAUCUUUCCAUAUGACUGAUACCAUAUUAACUCGCACCCUUGGACUAUCUGCUGCAGUAUUGACUGCCUUGGCAAUAAAAUACCCAGAUCGAGCUGUAUUUGAUGAACAUCGCGAAGGCAUCUCUUACAAAAAGGGUUGGCCACUUCUAGGUGGCUUACCUGCCAUUUUAUCUAAUGCAGAGAAAUUACACGAUUUUUUCAUGAAUGGAUUUACUGAAAUGGAUUCAUUAACAACAACAACAUCAGCCUUUGGUAUGCCUCGUGCCAUUGCCACCAUUGAUCCUAGAAACGUUGAACACAUUUUAAAAAAUAAUUUUGAAAAUUAUGCAAAAGGACCUAAUUUCAACGCUUCCACAGAAGAUUUAUUAGGUCAUGGUAUCUUUAAUGCAAAUGGAGAUCAAUGGAAAUAUCAACGAAAGACAGCAAGUCAUAUAUUCAAUGUCAAGAACUUUAGAGAUCAUUUUACAGAAGUGUUUGUCAAGGAACUAGGAAUCAUGUUUACAGGCAUCUUUGAUAAAGCAGCAGAAACAGGAGAGAUUAUAGAUUUUCAUGAUAUUAUGUUCAAGUUUACCCUAGACUCUUUUAUUCUCCUCGGCUUUGACGUCCAAUUGAACGCACUGAGCAGCAAGGACAAGGUCCCAUUUGCUGCUUCCUUUGAUGAAUGUCAACUCAACAGUUUUCAAAGGUUUGUCAAUCCCUUCUGGAGACUGACAGAGCCUGUCUACACCCUCCUUCAUCCAUGGCAAAAAUCAAUCAAGCAGCACCUCAGGACCAUAAACGAAUUUGCCAAUCAAGUGAUCGAGAACCGUCGAACGGACAUGGAGAAAGGAAUCAAGACGCACCGUGACUUACUGUCGAGGUUCAUGAACGCGACAAAUGAGCAUGGAGAACCACUGAAUAACAAGGAACUCAGAGAUAUCGUCCUGAAUUUUGUCAUUGCUGGUCGAGACACAACGGCUCAGGCUCUAUCGUGGACCUUUUACAAUCUACUACUACAUCCUCGAGUAGAAAAGAAACUGUUGGAAGAAAUCCAAUUGAAUAUCACUGACGAAUUGAUGGAUAAUCCUGUCGCACUCUAUGACGCUAUAAAGAAGAUGAACUAUGCGCAUGCUGUGUUUUAUGAAGUACUUAGGCUUCAUCCUUCCGUACCUAAUAAUCAAAAAUACGCCCUCAAUGAUGAUAUCUGGCCUGAUGGAACCGAAAUCAAGAAAGGUGACUAUGUCAUCUGGUGUCCAUGGGCACAGGGUCGUUCAGAAAAGGUCUGGGGUGCAGACGCAAAGGCCUUUAAGCCAGAACGAUGGAUUACUCAAACAGGCGAACUUCGCAGAGAGUCACAGGGCCAAUGGCCUGCUUUUCAUGCUGGCCCUCGUGUCUGUUUGGGUCAAAACUUGGCAACACUCGAGGCAUUAGUGGCUCUUGUGUUUAUCGUCAAACGGUAUAAGCUCACACUCACUCCUGGUCAAAAUAUUACCUAUCAAGUAUCGUUAACUCUGCCUAUGAAAGACGGCAUGAAGGUUCAAAUUGAGAGACGUUAAAGCUUUUAUAAUUAUAAUAAUAAUAAAAUGGCCCAUGUCAAAUUAAUUCCGCCUAUGUUUAAAGAUAGUGCUUCAUACUUGCAUCAUUGCCUCUACUAUCGGAGUUGGAUAAAUAUAAAUUUAAGACACAAUAGACUGCAUCUUGCAUUUUUAUUA